UAAUAAUACAUGGUUACGAUAACGAGCAAAAUCAAAAUAACCGCAGUAUUGAACUAGGAGGGCAUUCAACCUCAUAUAAAUACAAUGUUGGAAAGGGCGAACAGUCAGUGCGUUUAAUCAGUCUCACCUUGAUAGAUACUUUUUAAAAUUUACUGUAUUCUGAAAUCUGUUUCUGUGAUCUACGAAAACUGAAAACUCUUGAUCUACUCAGAUUUUAUUAAUCAUCUCAGGAUAUUUGACGAAGGAAAGGUUCAUCGAGGACGGACAAGUGCAGCCACCGUGCAAUUUAACAAAACUUUGUAUAAAUAUGGCCAAUUCAUUUCUGUACUUUGCUUAUGGAAGCAACUUGCUUACCAAACGAAUUCGUAUAAAUAAUCCAACUGCUAUAAAAAAAGACAUCGGCCGUUUGAAGAACUUCAGGCUUGAUUUUAUAACAUUUUCAAAAAGAUGGCAUGGUGCUGCUGCUACUAUAGUUCCAACAGAGAAUUCACAUGUAUGGGGAGUAAUAUGGGAAAUUGACAACAGCAACAUGUCAGAUUUAGAUGAACAAGAAGGUGUUGCAGAUAAAAUAUAUUUUCCAAUGACAGUUGAUGUGGAAACACCUAAUGGAACAAGUCUUCAAUGUAGAGUUUAUCAACAGUGUAAAAAUCCUGAGGAAAAUGUGACAACAGAAUUGUUACCGGAAGAACGAAGACCUUCCCCACUUUAUUUGAACACGAUAUUAAGUGGAGCACGUGAAAAUGGACUUCCACAUGAAUAUAUUCAAUUUUUACAAAGCAUACCACAUAAUGGUUAUUCUGGAGAAAGUGAAAUAAGCCUUCCUCUACGUGAACAGUGAUUUCGCUAAUGAUCCUCUUCCUGAUGCGCGGUGCAACUGUCUCGUGGUUGGUGACUAGUGACGCCAAUUCUUCAGCCGAUAUGUUAUCCAACGUUUUACGGGGGAUUUUAAUCUUCGAGAUUUCACCAUUAUUUAUCUAGAAAAAGAGGAGCAUUAUUUAAACAUUUGCAAAGAUGUGUAAAAAAUAAAAAUCUAUUUCUGGACCUCUAAAGAAAUAUGAUAUGAUACAGAAUAGUAAGUAGGCAAAUUUUGUGGUUUUGGUAAAAUAAUGAUUAUAUAAGGUAAUUUUUGAAUUUGAUAAAUUCAACAAAUAGUAAUUAAUAAUAUGAAUAAUCCUUGCACUCUUACAUAAA